GGGGAAUGUCUGCAGAUCAUUGUAACAAUUAUUCAUAAAUUUUUAUUUUCAGUUUAUGAGACGCAUCCCAUUUGAGACCAUGAUGGCUGCGUUCAACUUGAGCAGCUUCAAUCCAGGCCCAUUCAUCCUACUGGGAAUCCCAGGGCUAGAGCAGUUCCAUGUCUGGAUCAGGAUUCCCUUCUUCAUUAUCUACCUCUUAGCCCUUACAGGCAACAGUGUCCUUCUCUACCUUAUCUCCAUGGAGCACAGCUUCCAUGAGCCCAUGUUCUUUUUCCUCUCCAUGUUGGCUGCUACUGAUCUCAUUCUGUCUAAUACACGUGUACCCAAAAUACUAAGCAUCUUCUGGCUAGGUCCUCAGGAAAUCACCUUUCCUGAAUGCCUUACUCAGAUGUUUUUCCUCCACUACAGCUUUGCCAUGGAUUCUGCAAUUCUGCUGGCCAUGGCAUUUGAUCGUUAUGUUGCCAUUUGCUUCCCGCUAAGAUACACCACUAUUCUCACUCGUCAGAUUAUUACUAAGAUUGUGAUAGGUAUUAUCAGCAGGAGCUUUUGUAUCAUCUUUCCAUGUGUGUUCCUAUUAAAGUGACUUCCCUUCUGCCAAACACUCAUUAUACCCCACACAUACUGUGAGCACAUAGGCGUUGCCCAGCUCUCCUGUGCAGACAUCUCCAUCAACAUCUGGUAUGGCCUUGCUGUGCCUGUAAUGACUGUCACCUCAGACCUGAUCCUCAUUGGCAUCUCCUACACUCUCAUUCUCUGUGCUGUCUUUUACCUCUCAUCCUGGAAUGCCCACCAGAAAGCCCUCAGCACAUGUGGUUCCCAUAUUUGUGUCCUCCUUAUAUUUUACACGCCAGCCAUGUUCUCUGUCCUCACCCACCGAUUUGAUAACAAUAUUCCUCACUCUUUCCAUAUAAUGUUUGCCAACCUCUAUGUAGCCAUCCUGCCUGCACUCAAUCCAAUUAUCUAUGGAAUGAAGGCCAAGCAGAUUCAUGAUAAGAUCAUCCUCCCAUUCUUCCCCAAAGGGACCCAGUGA